UGAAAAGAACAACCAACUCAAAUCAAUUCCUCAUAAAAAUAUAAAUUCGUAAAGAACAUGAGCUUUUAAUUUUCCAUUUUACCACAUGGUGAAAAUAUUGUAUACACAUUUGUAAUCAUUAAGAAUGAACUUUUGUAUUGUUGUAGUUGCGUGCAGUUCUCGUUUCGUUUCGUUUUCGUAUAGCUUCUAUAUUUUCCGUACGUUUAAAUAUGAAGGUAGUAUGUAAAAGAAAUGAAGAAACUUUUGAAAAUUAUAGCCACACCACCAUUUAGUUGCAUUUGUUUGGUAAUAAGGUGCGCUGCUGUUUAAAGACGGUGUAAAUGAAUGAAAAAAUAAGACGGUGUGCAAAUUUUGAAUAUGAUUGUGUUAAAGCGUAUUGGAAUACAUAAGAGCAAAAAUUUGAAUCGUUUGCAUGUGCAUACACACGUACAUAUGUUAAAUUCAUCUACAAUAAAAAAGUUUUAAGUGCCGCGUAACAAUUCAAUUUGAUGCACCAAGUGAGACUAAUACAUACGUGGUUUGACAGCAAUAUAUUAAUGCAUGUUGUAGAUUUGCAACGUAUAUGUGUAGGUUUAAUAUAACAUAUUAACUUACUAGUGUAGAAAAAAGCAUUUGUACCUACCUACAAUAUUAAUAAUUAAUCGCCUUUACUCAAAUGUAUAAUUUUGAAGAUACUUUCAAAAUGUGGGAUGAUUUUGUUACAUGAACGUUAAACAAUUCAAAACUUAAGUAAAUUAAUGAAAAUAAAGACUAUGUAUACAUAUAAAGUAACGCAUUAGCGAAAAUUGUUGGCGAAGAAAGUAUGGUAAAACUCCAUAUAUUAAAGCUGCCCAUCGCUGUAUACUGGAAUGAUUUAGUGAUCGGGUAGAUAUAUAUGACAACCGCCUGUCAGCCUAUAUCCAAAGGAUGGCAAAAUCACGCAAUGCUCUCUAUGCCGCUGGAGUAACUUGUUUAGGAUUUCUUUGCUUUGCAUUAGCUUCAGCUGCUAUAGGAAUACCUAUUUGGGGUUACUAUGAUAGUCCAACUGGUGGCUAUGAUUUCGAUCGAGGAUAUUUCGGUCUCUUCAAAGUUUGCAAACAGCUAACAUAUAACCGGGAAAAAUGUGGUAAUGAUGUUUCGAAAUUUAGAUUAUCCACUGUCGUUAACAUAAGUGGUCUAUUAACCAUCGUAAGCUCGGCAGCUCUAGGUAUUUUCUGUGUUCUAUCGAUAAUACAAAUAGCGAUGAUAUCCUCUCGUGAAAAAGUUGUAAUGCCUUACCACACAUUGGUUAUAUUUAAGAUGAUAUUGGCGCUGAUAGCAUGUCUGUUGGCUACUAUCGCAACAGUAAUGUUUGCUCUACAAAUUGAUGAUUCAGAAAAAUAUGGCUUUAAAAUUUCUCGAGGCAUAUCGUUUUAUUUACAGGUUUUAGUAAUCGCUUUAACUAUUGGACUUUUUCUUGCCGCUCUUUACGACGUACUUUUCUCACGUCGGAUGGGCGGAGAUCCCACCAUGAUUGUUGACACUUCUUCACCGGCCAACGCCACAACUUACAACAAUCCUGGUUACAAAGAGUCACGACCAAGGAACGGUGUUUCGGUAACUGAUGCAUCUGGCAGGCCUUAUAGCGGUAUACGAAAUGRAGGAAGUGUCGCAUCUAUGUCAACUACAAUGACUAGUAUAUCAAACGGUUCAACAGUGGAAUCAUUAACACGUUCUCCGCUUCGCUCCAGUUUAAAGAAACCUCGCCCGCCUCGUGACCCUGCGUUAGGUAUUCCAAACCCUGGCUUUUCAGGAUCGGGAAGCUCGCCGCCCAUGCACCGUAGUAGUAGUGUGAAAAAAGUUCGUAUUCAAACACAUAGCACAGAAGUGUGAGGUUUGAUUAGGAAUGAAUAUUGUAGGAUGAAAAAUGGUAAAAAUGUCAGUAAAGUAAAGAUAAUGGCACUUUAAUGCGAUGUGUACAGAAAGAAUAUGUUGUAUAUCAAAAACAUACACAUUGCAUAUACCACACAUAUGGAUAUGCACAUGUGUCAAUAAGGUACAUCCAUAACUGAACCCAUAAGCAUUAGUAUAGAAAUAAUAGAGACGUUAUUUCAACAUAAUAAUGAGGGUCCUCAUACAAAUCGAUAAAUUUACGAAUCAUACAAAUUUGCUCAUUUAACUCAAUUACACUAAUAAUAAUUUUUCUGCAAAUUUAUAAUUAAUUUAAAAUGUCUAGAAUGAACGAGAGAAUCAAUACGAAUGCAGGUCAUACUCAAAAUAACAUUUUAAUUCCUAUUGUUUUGGUAUUUGCUUUUAGCAUUUUGACCAUGAAAACAUGUAUAAAGUAUAACGUUAUUGUUUCUUAUUUUCGUAGUUGUUUUUCUCCUGACYUAAAGCCGCAUUGCACAAAAGUAAACGUUGAUAUACUGAAGGCRUUACUAAAUUAGUAGCAUGUGCAAAGUGGACACAUCCGUCUAAUAGUUAGUCUUCCAUAUAGACUUAAAUUUUACACUUAAUUAUUUUCUAUCCAAUUAUAUAAUGUUCUUAUCUGUUGUUGUCUAUAAUGUUCGCAUACGCGGAAUAAUGUAAACAUAUCAAUCAUUAAACCUUGAUUAGUUAUUAUGGCCAGUGCUAGUGAAGCAUGUACGUAUUCAAUAUCCACACAAAACUUCAUUUAUACAUUUGUUCAUUGCGUGAAAAAAUUAAAGUGAAACCAAAGACAAUGAAGUGGCAAUAUUAAAACUACAGUGUAGCCCCUGGCGACCGAAGGACUAUUUUAGGCUUGAAUAGACUUUGAGAGCGUAGCUUGUGUCUCCCACUUAACUAUAGACGAUUUAAAAAARCCCCCGGAAAUGACAUUUGGAUUAAGAAUAUUGAAAUUUAGAGUAAAAAAUCAUUAGUUUUUGCGGAGUAUAAAAGAAUAUUAAAAAUAUGUUAUUAUCAAGCAUUUUUUUUUUUGUCCAAGUGGGAAUUUUUAAGCUAGAUGAAGUGAAGUACCGAUUGCGGUUGAUAUUUUGAAGGAAUUAACUUAAAAAAAUUAUUAAAUUGGGUUUUUUUUAACAAAAUAAAUUCAAUAUCUCGAAAUAUUUGAACAACUA